UAAUUUUAUGGGGAUGAUUCGUGAUAAUAAAUUAAAAAUUAAUUUAACUCAAUGCCUGACUUGCCAAUUUCUAUUGGUUAUUAAUUUAACGUUUCAUUAAUUUAAUUUAUAUCUUAUAAUUUUUGUACUCUUUGAUUUUUGAUCUCAUACAAUCAAUAAGAUAGCAAAUCGUUGUUAAAAAAAUUAAUCAAAUAAUAAGUAUAAUGUCCGAAAUUCAUGACCCAGACUUGCAAGCAAAAUCUAGACGUGCUACUGGAAUAUUAUCAGAAAAUCUUCAUUUUGUUGCCAAUGAACCAUCUCUUGCAUUCUAUCGACUACAAGAACAUGUAAGAAAAUCUGUACCACCUAUGAUAGAAAAACGAGUUCAAGUUCAAAAACUUCAUAAAGAUUUACAAGGUCAUAACUAUGAUGUAGAAUAUGCAAUAGGGGCUGUUCAUUCAAUUGAAAAUUGUGAAGAACCAUUAAAUAAUAUUCAAGAACUACUUAAAAAUGCUUUAUUUCUUAGUCAACAAAUUAAAUAUGAGCACACUAGACGUGGAAGAUCAAAAAAAGAUUCAAUGUAUAAACGUCUAUCUGCUCAUUUAACUACCACUUUAGAUCUACCUGAAUUGCCAGAAGCUAUCAGAGAUACAGCUAAUAAAGUGGAGUCCAUGGUGAACAGUGCACGGCAUUCUAAUAUAUAUUAAUACAUUUAUAAGAGCCAGAUUAAUUUAACAUUUUUCAAUGGAAUGCAAAUUAAACCUAUAAUUUAUAUUUAACAGAUAAAUAUUGAUAAAUAAUAAAAUGUUGAUUUAUAGCAUUAAGGAAAAUGGGAUAUUAAUGUAUACUGUUACUUUUUAUAAUUAAUGUUUCUAAAUAAGAGGAGUAUUGUGUUGUUUCUACUAUUCAAAUGCCUUUAUAGUCUUAUUUAAAAACAAAUAUUCAUACGUGAAUAUCAGAAAAAAAGUUUGAUUUUUUUUUUUUUUUAUCCAAUUGUAUGU